AUGAAAAGACUGCGAGCUUUUGAUGGUAGCCAUGAUGAUCCUUCUUUUGUAGAUCAGGUAGAAGAUCAUGAUGAGGAAACCCUAGACUCGAAAACUCCAAAGAGUCUAUGUUCAAAAUUUCAGAAAAAAGAUUCUGUGCCAUCAGGUUUGGAUGCCAAGUGGUCGUCUCUUCCUCUACUGCUGGCUGAUGAUAUUCCAAAAUAUGAAAAAUCAUGUGCGAGAAUUUCAAAACAAUGGUUGAGUGUGGUGCAGAGUAUAUCAGUGGUAUUAGAUUUUACGCAAGAUCCAAUUUUUGAUCUGGAAACACUGAAAGAUGUGGUGAAGUGUUCCUUUCUCAAUGUCACUAGCCUAAAUUUAUGUGGAAAUGAAAUUGGAAAUACAGGAAUUAAAAUUCUUGUGAAUGGAGAGCCCUCCUCCGUCUUGAAAAACUUGACUGAAUUGAAUUUAAAAGGAAAUAAUAUCUUCAAAUGA